AUGACUCUUCUGUCAGGGCGUCGGCCUUUGCCGCGUGCACUUCCUGAGAGAGGGCGCGCUGCAGCUGGUCUUGGGACGGGGUUUGCUGCUCCUCGCGGAGGUUUUGCAGCGCCAGCGGUGGCAGUCUCCGCUUCUGCCACUCUUCCCGCCCUCCCAUCCUUCACUAAGUGGUCGGCUGAGUUUGUCUCUUCACCUCGCUGCCUUGUUACCAUCUCUUCUCCCCCCCCCCCGCCUCUUUCUCUUCCCAGCUCUCCUCCUCCUCUUCCUUCCGCUCCCCUCCCUUCACUUCUCCCCUUUUUUCCUCCCCUCGCUGCUCCUCCCUUCCCUUCUCUCCCCCCUUCCCCCUCUCUUGCCUUCCCUGCUGCCCUUCUCUCUCCCCAUCUCCCCUCCAUCCCAUCCUCCUCUCACUCCCCCCUCGCCUCUCCCACCACCACCGCUGAGCCAGCACACAUUCCUGCACGCCUCUCAUGCUCCACCCAUCCCAUGCCUCCUCCAUUCCUCCCACCAUCGCCACACCUCCCACCUCCUCCUUUCCUCCCACCCACCAUAGCCAUAGGUCCCUCUUCCCCACACCGGCUCACUUGCUUAAGCUUUGGUGUCUGCCUGUCCUUCCCCCACCUCACACCUAUGCUCUCCCAUGUCGCUAGAUUUACGCAAACUCGCCCUUCCCCGCUGGCUCUCCCUCGAGCCCCAGCCCACCCCCCCUCGUCCCCCCCCCUCUCGCUUCUGGCGCAUGAUUUUCCUACUUCCCCCUCUCCCGCCUUUCCUCACCUCUCCGCCUGCCCCACCUCUGCUCUCCUGCUCCGCCCCCUGUUCCGCCUGCUCCCUCGCCUCGCGUCUGCCAAACUCAAACCACACGCGCCCGCAUCCCCCUUUUUCCCUCCCCUCCCUGCGCCUCCCCUCCCUGCUCCGCCUCCCCUUCCCCCCCUGCACAGCCGCCCCUCACUCCUGCCCCCAUCUGCGUUGCCCCUCCCACUGGCGCGCAAAUAUCCGCGCACUUUCGCGGAGGCGGCGAUAGAGGCGCGCGCGCAGCGGGAGUGGCGGCGGUGGCGGGGAAUUGAUCCAGGCUUCCACCGCCUCUUCGCGCUGCCGCUGCUCCGGCCUGUGCUGCUCGUAGCGACGUGCAGCCUCCGCCGUUGUCGCGGCUGGAAGCCCCGCCUCUGCGCCCGUCGGGUCUACCCCAUCCCAAAAAUGGGGGGUUCCGAGAAGUAG